UGUGACCCUCCAUCAGCACUGCCCCUUCCUCGCUGUAGUACCCCCCUCUGUGCACCCUCCACCUCCUUGUUCCAGCCCAUUCCAGUUUUUUUUCUUGCUGCCCCGUUGCCUUCCGUGUUUUGAGGAAAAUAAAUCUGUGAUCCGAGAAGCCAACAGAGGCUGGCUGAUAAACAGGGGAGUGGUGCGACGGGACUCAGGCUGGGCUCUGGACACUGCGGUCCCGUGGAGUUCGGCCCAUCGACAGCCUGCCAGCCCCUGGGAUGGGAUCAGUGCGGCCCGUCCUGGCCCUGGUGGUCUUGGCCCUCGGGCCGGGCUGCGGACUGGCCUGUUUCUGUGACAGGUUCCCCUGGAACCAGUGGACAACCUGCUCCGUCACCUGUGGGGGAGGGCAGAGCACUCGGCGCAGGCUUUUCUCCCGGGACGAGUAUUUCUACAAGUUCGACUGUGAGACCCUGUGCUCUCCCGGGGAGGAGAGCAGCGCCUGUAACCUGGCCGGCUGUAGUACCGCCUGUGCCAUCGGAGACUGGUCCUCCUGGUCACCCUGUGACCCCUGCAUCCGGAAACAGUUUCGUUACAGGAAGCUGGUGACGCCCGCCCAGUUCGGAGGUCGGUGUGAAGACUCGGCGAUGACCGAUGACCGGGUCUGUUUGCCCACCUCCUUCUGCAACAUCCAACAGACAGACUGCGUCAACAAGUUCCGCUGCCAGAACGGACGCUGUAUUGCCCGUUCCCUGGAGUGCAACGGGGAACACGACUGCGGAGAUGGCUCGGAUGAGGAAGGCUGCCCGAAGAAGGAGCCACCAUGUCCACGGGAAGUGGAGCCGAUCCCAGGAGCCCAGCUCAUUGGCAGCGGGUACAACGCGCUGGCUGGGGAACUGGCAGGUGAAGUCCUCAACAACACCUACUUCGGUGGGGUCUGCAAGACGAUAUCAAGAGACAUCAUCGGCAAGCAGUACCGAGUGUCCAGCAAUCUGCAUAACAUCACCCUGGAGGUGACCAACCUCGAGGAUGAUGUCACUGACGAAUUCUAUACCGACGCAGUCGAUUACGAAUCACAAGUUUCCAAGUCAUUAGACACGUCCUCUAGUGCUAGCAGCGGUUUUAACAUCCCAAUCCUGUUUGGCCACAAGAGGUCCCAAAAUACCCGUCAAACAUCCAGCUUCAAGGAGGUGAUCAAGGCUCAAGGAAGAAGGACUCAGCCUUUUGUCCGAGUUCAUAAAAGAAUUGCAGUGUCAGAGUUCACAAUGAAGGACACAGACCUUCACGCUUCCGAGCCCUUCCUGAAAGCCUGAGCAGCCUGCCGGUAGAGUAUAACCUACGCUCUCUACAGCCAAAUAUUCCAGGACUUCGGAACGCACUACUUCAGCUCUGGACAACGGGGCGGAGUGUACGACCUCCUGUAUCAGUACGACAGGAAAGCUAUAGAGACCUCAGGUCUCACCCAGUCCGAGCUGAGGGAGUGUGUGACCACCGAGACUGUGACACGUGUGCUCUUUAUUAAGAUCAGGAGAAAGUCCACAAGGUGUAGUGACAACAGAAUGACCCUACAGACCAAAGGGUCGAUCCUGGAGUCUGCGGAGAAGUCACUUUCGAUGGUUCGUGGUGGCCGGGCAGAGUUCGCAGCCGCGCUCGCCUGGCAGAAGGGGAAGCCCUUCCCCGCCGACAAGAAGUACGAGGAGUGGGUGAAGUCUGUCCGUGAUAACCCUACCGUGGUGGACUUCAAGCUCCAGUCGAUCCUGGGCCUGGUGAAGGGAAUUCCGUGCGCCGUCACCAAGCGCCGGAACCUGGAGCGAGCUUUGCUGGAUUACAUGGAGGACUUUGACCCCUGCCGGUGUCGCCCGUGUCCCAAUAACGGGAAGGUGGUGAUGGUGGACAACAGCUGUAUGUGCAUCUGUAAGGCCGGCACCUACGGAGACAGCUGUGAACAUCGUCUACCAGACUUCAACUCAGAGGUGCAGGAUGGUCACUGGAGCUGUUGGUCAGCGUGGAGCUCAUGCAACACGUCCUACCGUCGGAGGAGGAGGCGCCAGUGCAACAACCCCAGCCCCCAGCACGGGGGGCGGUGGUGUGAGGGUGCAGACAGCCAGGAGCAGCCCUGUGCCAUCUCCCUCUUGGCCGCUGGGACCACCCUGUGUAUCAGUGACGACGAGGAACGGAGGGAGAUGGUGGAUCCCGAGCCCACUGAACCCAGCGAUGGCACCGUGUAUUGCCCCAGACCAGAGCCCCUGGACAACGGCUACUUCAGGGUGUCCAAGCCUCGGUACCAGGUCGCGGAGCUGCUGGAGGUUAUGUGUUUCACGGGCUACGCUCCCACCGGGUACCAGUUCUACCGCUGCCUGCCUGAUGGUACCUGGCUCAAGGAGGAAGUGGAGUGUCAGCGGACGGUGUGCAGCAGACCAGAGGUGUCCGGCACAGCCACACUGCAGCCUCUCCGAGCCGAGUACAGUGUGGGAGAGUCAGUGCAGGUGAAGUGUCCGCUCGGCACGGCUCCCACAGGACACACCCAGUACACCUGCACAGUUGGACUCACCUGGGAGCCCGAGCUUCCCGACCAAAUCACCUGCCAGCUCGCUAUCGACACCAAAGGAUGCCCCCCGGGGAAAAAAAGGAGCGGCUCAGAAUGUGUCUGCAUGUCUGCGGAACAGGACUGUGGGACUGCCCGGCCCCCCGAGCUGUGUGCUUUUGACGUUACAACGCAGAGGCUGGCCACCACCUCCAGGUGUGCCUACCUGGUGGCCAGAUGUGAGGGGCAGGACCUGCAGCUGGUGAAGGAGGGUCAAUGUGAGGACUCUGACCUGCCGUGGGCUGUGGAGCGAGCUCGCCUGUUGGCGCUGAGCAGGAGGGAGCCGUGUGGGUUUCUGGACAGCUGUGGUGACUGGGAGCAGUGUACAGAGUCCGUGUGCCAGUGUCUCCUUCCCAACCAGUGUCCGCGGAGCGGGGCAGAGGAUUACUGCAUCGUGAUGGGCUCCCGGCAGAAGGUGGUCAGCCUGUGCCUCCUGGGGGCACUGAAGUGCAGGAAGAUCCCACUUGAGUUGUGUGGACCCACAUCCACCCCCUGAUCCGCCAUACAACCCGUCUGCCACAUCUGCCCGGAAUGCUGACCUUGCUGUGUACGUACGGGACUGCUUGCUGCCUGUGUAAUGCACAGUCCCCCUAAUAAAGAGCAGCUGAGAUUUU